AUGCCCUCAUCUCCACCUGCCCCCUUUGCCAUUGAACACGGCAUGGAAGACGAUGACGAGGUCGAAGAGGAGGCUGGAAUCCAAGACGACAUCGACGAUCUUGACGAGAUGGCCGAUGACGAUGUCGACCUGUUUCGUGAGGGCUUUGAGGCGGAUUACAGAUCACGCGAAGAUGAUGCAUACGAAGCGAUUGGACUUGACGACCAGGGAGAAUUCAACGACAUGGAUCUGGGUGCCAGACGGAGGCUUGAAGCACAGUUGAAUCGACGGGACAGAGAGGUUGCCCGUCGGCAGCGGAUCCCGGCGGCUUUCCUCCCGGGUGACGACGACGACGACGGUGAAGUUGACCUUGCCGCGCAGCCUCGUCGACGUCGCCACCACUACGACGAGGACCCUGAUGAUGGCAUGGAUGCCGACAUUAUGGACGAGGAACUGUCACUCGAGGCACUUGGCGAUGUCAAGGCUGCCAAUCUGACGGAGUGGGUCUCGCAGCCUGCGGUUCAGAGGACCGUCAAGCGCGAGUUCAAGGCGUUCCUCACGUCCUAUACCGAUGCUUCCGGCUCGUCUGUCUACGGCAACCGCAUUCGCACCCUUGGCGAAAUCAACGCCGAGUCACUCGAGGUCUCGUACGAACACUUGUCCGAGAGCAAGGCCAUCCUGGCUUACUUCCUGGCGAAUGCUCCGUCGGAAAUACUGAGGCUCUUUGACGAGGUGGCCAUGGACGUGGUUCUCUUGCACUACCCAGAUUACGAGCGCAUCCACUCCGAGAUCCACGUGCGCAUCUUUGACCUGCCCGUCCACUACACUCUCCGCCAACUGCGUCAGUCACACCUCAACUGUCUUGUUCGCGUUGGUGGCGUUGUGACUCGACGAAGCGGCGUCUUCCCGCAGCUCAAAUAUGUCAAGUUUGACUGCACCAAGUGCGGCAUUACCCUCGGGCCGUUCCAGCAGGAAUCCAAUGUCGAGGUCAAAAUCACCUACUGCCAGAGCUGUCAGUCUCGGGGCCCCUUCACACUCAACUCUGAAAAGACUGUAUAUCGCAACUACCAGAAGCUGACGCUGCAGGAGUCUCCUGGCACGAUUCCGGCUGGUCGCCUGCCGCGCACGCGCGAGGUCAUCUUACUGUGGGAUCUUAUCGACAGGGCCAAGCCUGGCGAGGAGAUUGAAGUCACCGGCAUCUACCGCAACAACUACGACGCACAGCUCAACAACAGAAAUGGAUUCCCCGUCUUUGCCACCAUCCUGGAGGCGGUCAACGUCAUCAAAGCGCAUGAUCAGCUUGCAGGAUUCCGGAUGACGGAGGAGGACGAGCACGAAAUCCGCAAGCUGUCCCGAGACCCCGACGUCGUGGAUAAGGUGAUCAACUCUAUUGCGCCCAGCAUCUAUGGCCACACCGACGUCAAGACUGCCGUGGCGCUGUCGCUGUUUGGUGGCGUAGCCAAGACGACAAAGGGACAACACCAUGUCCGCGGUGACAUCAACGUCCUUUUGCUCGGAGACCCCGGCACCGCCAAGUCACAGGUGCUCAAGUACGUCGAGAAGACGGCCCACAGAGCUGUGUUUGCGACCGGCCAGGGUGCCAGCGCGGUCGGUCUGACGGCGAGUGUGCGUCGAGAUCCCUUGACCAGCGAGUGGACGCUGGAAGGCGGCGCCUUGGUGUUGGCCGACCGCGGCACCUGCUUGAUUGACGAGUUUGACAAGAUGAACGACCAGGAUCGAACAUCUAUCCACGAGGCCAUGGAGCAGCAGACCAUUUCCAUUUCCAAAGCUGGAAUCGUCACGACGCUCCAGGCGCGGUGUGGGAUCAUUGCGGCCGCGAAUCCCCAGGCUGGCCGUUACAACUCCACGCUGCCCUUUUCUCAAAACGUCAACCUCACCGAGCCCAUUCUGUCGCGGUUUGAUGUCUUGUGUGUCGUGAGGGAUACGGUCGAGCCGGAAGAGGACGAACGACUGGCCCGGUUCAUUGUCGGAUCCCACAGCCGCAGCCACCCUCUCAGCCAACCGUCUCACGACUCGAUGCAGGUUGAACAGUCCUCCGUACAGGCUGACACCCAAGGGACGUGGUCGGCCUCGUCGACAACGAAGGAGGGUGCGAUCCCGCAGGCGCUGCUUCGCAAGUACAUCCUGUAUGCCCGCGAGCGAUGCCACCCCAAGCUGUACCACAUGGACGAGGACAAGGUCGCUCGGUUAUUUGCCGACAUGCGAAGAGAGUCGCUCGCAACUGGUGCAUACCCCAUUACGGUCCGUCAUCUGGAAGCCAUCAUUCGCACCAGCGAGGCAUUCUGCAGGAUGCGCCUGUCGGAGUACUGCUCCUCGCAGGACAUUGACCGCGCCAUUGCCGUCACGGUGGAAAGCUUUGUCGGCAGCCAGAAGCUCAGCUGCAAGAAGGCCCUCUCUCGUGCUUUUGCCAAGUACACCCUCACCAGGCCGGGCGCCAGCAGGCGGGGAGGUGCGCAGAGGCGAACGGCCACUGCUUCGGCUUGA